UUAAAUGUUUGGAUUUCCUGAAAUCUAUCAGUCUGAAGGGUGUCCAGUGCAUGGCCUUUCUUCUUUUCAGCUCACAUGGGUGGACUUCCCUUCCAAACUGUAUUUCUGUCUCCUCACCAGCCAAGAUUUUCAUGGAUGAAAAUCAAAACGUUUUAGGAACCCCCAGAAAAUAUAUCUGGAUCCCUGGACUUUAGGAUGUGCUUUGUUUUAAUCUAGCAAGCAAAUAGUCACAACAAAAAUUCCUGGGAAUUUCCUAUUGGUGCAGCGUGCUUUCUUUUUUUUUUUUCCCCCUUUUCUCUCCUUUUUUUUUUCUCAGCUCCGUGUUGGAAAAUAAUUUUAGCCCUUUCAAGACAAUGGAAUGAUGGCCCUCCUUUUGGCAUGCUCUUCUGGAAUGGGACUUCAAACAGGACGAGUCUUGGUAAUUUUCUUCUGUUGAGACAUGAGAUCUUCAGCUUCCAGAUUGUCCAGCUUCUCCUCAAGGGAUUCAUUAUGGAAUCGGAUCAUGCCGGACCAGAUCACUGUGUCGGAGUUUAUUGUUGAGACGACGGAAGAUUACAAUUCCCCGACGACCUCCAGUUUUACCACCCGGCUACAGAACUGCAGGAACACCGUCACGCUGCUAGAAGAGGCUUUAGAUCAAGACAGAACUGCACUACAAAAAGUGAAAAAAUCUGUAAAAGCAAUAUAUAAUUCUGGGCAAGAACAUAUCCAAAAUGAAGAAAGCUAUGCACAAGUGCUAGAUAAAUUUGGAAGUAAUUUCUUAAGUAGAGAUAAUCCAGAUCUGGGAACUGCUUUUGUAAAGUUUUCCACACUAACUAAGGAAUUGUCAACGUUGCUUAAAAAUCUGCUGCAAGGGUUGAGCCAUAAUGUUAUCUUCACCUUGGAUUCUCUGUUGAAAGGAGAUCUGAAAGGAAUUAAAGGGGAUCUGAAAAAGCCUUUUGAUAAAGCCUGGAAGGAUUAUGAGACCAAAUUCACGAAAAUUGAAAAGGAAAAAAGGGAACACGCCAAACAACAUGGGAUGAUACGAACAGAGAUCACUGGAGCUGAGAUAGCAGAAGAAAUGGAGAAAGAGAGAAGGCUGUUCCAACUCCAGAUGUGUGAAUAUCUCAUUAAGGUUAAUGAAAUCAAGACGAAAAAGGGUGUGGACCUUUUACAGAAUCUUAUUAAGUAUUAUCAUGCACAAUGCAAUUUCUUUCAAGAUGGCUUGAAGACAGCUGAUAAACUCAAACAGUACAUUGAAAAGCUAGCUGCUGAUUUAUAUAACAUAAAACAGACACAAGAUGAAGAAAAGAAGCAACUUACUGCAUUGAGGGACUUGAUAAAAUCCUCUUUGCAACUUGACCAAAAAGAGGAUUCACAGAGCCGGCAAGGAGGGUACAGCAUGCAUCAACUUCAAGGAAAUAAAGAGUAUGGGAGUGAGAAGAAAGGAUACCUUUUAAAGAAAAGCGAUGGCAUACGGAAAGUUUGGCAAAGAAGAAAAUGCACAGUUAAAAAUGGCAUCCUGACCAUUUCGCAUGCAACUUCAAACAGGCAACCUGCUAAAUUAAAUCUGCUUACAUGCCAAGUGAAACCAAACGCUGAAGACAAGAAAUCAUUUGACCUGAUAUCACAUAACAGAACAUACCAUUUUCAGGCAGAAGAUGAGCAAGAUUAUGUCGCGUGGAUAUCAGUACUGACCAAUAGCAAAGAAGAAGCUUUAAACAUGGCCUUCCGUGGAGAACAGAGCACAGGGGAGAACAGUCUGGAAGAUCUUACAAAAGCCAUCAUCGAUGACAUUCAGAGAUUGGCUGGAAAUGAUGUCUGUUGUGAUUGCGGAUCACCAGAUCCAACUUGGCUUUCUACUAACCUGGGCAUUUUAACCUGUAUAGAGUGUUCCGGAAUACACAGAGAAAUGGGUGUUCAUAUUUCUCGAAUCCAAUCUCUAGAACUGGACAAGUUAGGAACAUCUGAACUCUUGCUGGCCAAGAAUAUAGGAAAUAAUAGUUUUAAUGACAUUAUGGAGGGAAACUUACCGACUCCAUCUCCAAAACCCACUCCAUCGAGUGAUAUGACCGCCCGCAAAGAAUUUAUUACUGCUAAAUAUGUAGAUCAUAAGUACUCCAGAAAGACCUGUACAUCGUCAGCGGCUAAACUGAAUGAACUACUAGAGGCUGUUCGAUCCAGGGAUGUACUUUUAUUACUUCAAGUCUAUGCAGAAGGAGUUGAACUGAUGGAGCCACUCUUAGAGCCUGGACAGGAGCCAGGAGAAACUGCUCUUCAUUUAGCAGUCCGGACUGCUGAUCACACCUCGCUCCAUCUGAUCGACUUCCUUGUACAAAACUGUGGAAACCUGGAUAAGCAAACCGUGUUGGGGAAUACAGUUCUACAUUAUUGCAGUAUAUAUAACAAACCAGAGUGUUUGAAGUUGGUUUUGAAGGGGAAGCCAUCUUUGCAUAUAGUAAAUCAAGCUGGGGAAACUGCCCUGGACACGGCAAAGAGACAGAAAGCUAUUCAGUGUGAAGAUUUGCUUUCUCAGGCCAAAGUAGGGAAACUAAAUCCACACGUUCACGUCGAAUACGAGUGGAACCUUCGGCAGGAAGAAAUGGAUGAAAGUGACGAUGACCUGGAUGACAAGCCUAGCCCGAUUAAGAAAGAACGCUCCCUGAGACCGCAGAGUUUUUGUCAUUCUUCCAGUAUUUCUCCUCAAGACAAAAUGGCUGUUCCCGGCCUUGGCACUCCACGAGACAAGCAGAGACUCUCCUAUGGCGCCUUCCCACAUCAAAUUUUUGUCUCUGCCAGCAUCGACUCUGCCACUUCACCAACAACUGUAGAUGGGCCCCCACUUCCUCCAAGAAAUUCUGGAAAAGGUCCAACGUGCCCACCUUCAACUCUCCCAUUAAGCACUCCAGCCUCUAGUGGCAGCUCCACCCUGUCUAAGAAGAAGCCCCCUCCCCCACCCCCUGGACACAAAAGAACCCUAUCAGACCCACCCAGCCCACAACCUCAUGGGCCCCAGAAUAAGGGCCAAAUGUCUUGGGGUAAUGAUCUGGGGCCACCAGCUACCAAAACGGCAAACAAGUUUGAAGGGAUGUCUCAACAGUCCGGCACCGGGACUGCUAAGACUGCCCUGGGCCCAAGAGUGCUUCCCAAACUACCUCAAAAAGUGGCGUUACGAAAAAUAGAAACGAUUCAUCUUCCUUCACUAGAUAAAUCCAGCCACCACUCUGAAAUCUUUCAAAAGUCGGCUUCUCUUUGUAUCGAUCUGCCCCUGAAGCCCCAGCCUGCAGAUUUAACCCCCAAAGCAGGAGAAUUACCCCCCAAACCCCAACUGGGGGACCUGCCCCCAAAGCCUCAACUAGCUGACUUGCCUCCGAAACCCCAAAUGAAGGAUCUCCCUCCAAAGCCACAACUGGGAGAAACUUUGGCGAAAUCUCCCGGUGGGGAAUUAUCCCCCAGAUCUCAGCCUUCCGAGGCCAGUCAAAAAUCACCCAGUAUGGAUCUUUCCCCAAAGAUACAAUCGAAAGAGAUCGUCCAGAAACAAGCAUCUGAAGACUCUGGAGAUACGACCCCUGGAUCAGCGGAAACCCCUGUGCCGCUUCCUAGAAAAAUAAACAUGGGGAAGAAUAAAGUCAAGAGGGUGAAGACAAUCUACGAUUGCCAAGCGGAUAACGAUGAUGAGCUUACGUUUGUGGAAGGUGAAAUUAUUAUCGUAACCGGAGAGGAGGAUCAAGAGUGGUGGAUCGGCCACAUUGAAGGAAAGCCGGAACGGAAAGGGGUCUUCCCCGUCUCCUUCGUCCACAUUUUAUCAGACUAACUCCAGCCAGAAAACUUGAGUAUUGCACAUUGUUCCUGCAAGUCAGGCUUUUACGCACGAAGCAAGACAGCUGCUGCAUCCCUGUAAUUCUGUGCAUAAUUGUGGAUAUUGGUGUAUAUAUAUAUAACUGCUGUUAACAAGACAAGAACUCGGCUCUGCCCCUACGAAGGGCUCAUCAUACCUGUAAUUGUAUAUAGAAGGUGUUCCUUUGCCAUUGCCAGUAUUAUGGUCAUUGUCGGAGCUGGCAUGCCUUAUUGGGUUGCUCAAGCCAUUCUUGGCAUCAAGCACUUAAAAAAAAAUUGUCUGUGUGUAUGAACUGCCAGCUUUCUAAAUAAACUGUUAGUCCCAUUCAUUCCCAUUCAGCUGUACAGAAUUUACCGUCCCUAAUAAUACAUCAGUAAUCUCGGAAGUAGAUAGCGAGCGGCAGUUUCUCUUUUCCCCCAGAGAAACGGCUGGUGUCCGUCGAUGGCUACCCCACCUGCACCAUUGACAGCUUGUGAAAUCCUCUUCCUUGGUAUUCCUUUAGAAAAUAUAUAUAUAUUAUACAUAUAUCUAUGUGUCCGAUGUAUCCAUCCAAUGAACAGAAAUAUGCACUAAUGCUACAGGUAAAAAAAAAAACAGUAGAAUUUUUAUGGUGGUAAGCCACAUGUUCAUGUUUGUAUUCUGUAACUUUGGUCUUUGACCUCACUGGGCUCCCAUCUCAAUGUCUUCAAUAAAAAUAAAUUCAGUCUCGCAAAGGGAAACCACGCAAGAUUUCUGGCUGGAGGUUUUCUUUCAGAGUCUCCAUAUAAAGUACAUCCCUGCGUGCAUGGUUUCUUCAUAUUUCUGCUUAUAAGUCUCUGUUCAGGCAAGAACUUAAGCGACAUUUGUCAGCUUUCUGUCUUUACUACCUAGUUCGAAAUAUCGGCUGAUCACAAGAGUUUUUGCUGGCUGACUUAAUCGGUUCAUUAAGCUAUUGGGAGAUUUCAACCUUCCUUCCACCUAAGCCAUACUUGUAUUCGAGUCACCAUAUCGUUUUCAUAUUACUGCCCGGAGAAAUCAAAAUCAUUAGUGAAAAAAAAAAAUGGGGGAAAAAUACCCUUUCCUGAAAAAAAAAAAAAAAGCAGUUGUUAAGAGAAGCCACGAGAACAUCUGGAAGUAGUUUUCUUUCCUGAAUUGAACAGUGCUGCCACAAAGUUAAUAAUAAUAUAGGGAAGAUCUGUUCGGAUCUUUGAUUAUUAGACUGCUAAAAUAUAAUGACUGCAGCUUCAAUUCAUUCGUCUUCUUUUCAAUCAAGGUAGUAAGGGCGUAGUCCUUUUAGCUACAUAUUUAUUUGUUAAGACUGCAUGCUUCAAACAUGAUUUGGGAGAAGUCUUCAAGCUUUUGCACAAUAGCCACACCUCUUUGCUGCAUAAUCAGGUUGUCUCUGAAAUUUCUGCAAGACCUUGACGAAAAGUGCCACUUCUUGCAAUUUCAGGAGCUGAUCCCUUAAAGCGACAGUACAAUUUAAUUUUUUUUAUUUUUACAGAUUUGUAUGGAAGCCUACAAAAGAUGUCUGAUGAACAGCGGAGAAUUGCUGGGUCACAGCACUUCUUCCAAAACAUUUUCAGAACAUAAAAAUAUUUCCUUUUGGGAGGGAGAAAUGAGCUAGUGUUUCAUUACAUGUUUUGCAGUUUUACUGGGCAGAAACUAGUUUAAAAAGCUACUUUGCCAAAAGACCCAGUUUCAUUUCCUCUAGCGCAGUCUGUUGAAAUUCCAUCUCAAAACAAUGCAUUUCACUCCAAGCACGAGCUCCAAUUAGUUGCACGGUUAAAUCAAAGAAACAUUAAGUAAGAGUUUUGCAAACCAUCCAUAGCCAAAGCCAUAUGGACUUUUU